UGACGUCAACAGCAAAGGCCAACCUUUUCUCCAAAUCACAAAAUUCAUAGUUCUCCGAUUGAUGACCCAUUUAUAUUGCUUCUCAAGAUAGAGUUUGUUAUUGAUCAAUGCACUGAGUUCUUUUCACUUUUUCUCUGUGGGAAAGGGAAAGCACAAAGCCAUCUGCCUCUCAGUGGAGACGGCCACAACUUAAUCCAGAUUAUGGCUGCAGCAUAAACGCUUUUUUUCUUUCUUUUUUUUUUGGCCACCAUUCCUAGUCAAUAGUGUGUCCUUGAUAGCACAGACAGGCAGGUCGGUUAGCCUACCUCCAAAUAGACCUAACCACUAAAAAUUAAAGGACCUCUGGCACUGGAAACCAAGGAGUUUAAGCAACAUAUUUCAACUUGACGUUCAGUUACAGACUCCAGUGGGGUAAAAAUGGCUUUCUUAAUCAAAAGUAUGGUUGGGAACCCAUUGAAAGGAAUGGGUCUUGGAGGAGGAGAGGAGAAAGCAGAGGAGGAGACCCCCAAGGACCCUGCAGCAGCUGCCGGCAUGACCAGAGAAGAAUAUGAGGAAUACCAGAAGCAGGUGGUAGAGGAGAAGAUGGAGAGAGAUGCAGAUUUCUUGCACAAGAAAGCAGAGAGGGCCACUCUGAGGGUGUGUUUACGAGAUAAAUACCGACUUCCAAAAAGUGAGCAGGAUGAUAACAUGCUUCAGAUGGCAGGAGAUGAUGUUGAUGUUCCCGAGGAACUGCUGAAGAUGGUAGAUGAUGAUGCUACGGAGGAAGAAGAAAAAGACUCCAUCAUGGGGCAGUUUCAGAACAUACAGAACAUGGACAUGGAUCAGAUAAAGGAGAAAGCCUCUGCCACGCUCACAGAGAUGAAGUCCAAGGCUGAGGAGAAGUGCUCUGUCAUGUAGUGAUUUAAAUUUGGAAAUAUAUUUCCAUGAUUUUGGGGGAAAAUAAUUCCAUAUGUUUGUUGUUUGAAUAAAGGAUGUUGUAGUUUUCACCUUUUUUGCAUUCUUUUUUUUUCCACAGUACUAUAAUCACAAUAGGUGUUGAAGUUUAUUUUUAUUUUUUACAUUUUAUUGCAUUAUUUUAUUUUGUUUUAUUUUACUGUGUUUAAUUUUAGUUCAUGGUAGGCUAGUAUUCACAAAAGUCUCUCUGAGAUAAUGGCUGAUUCUACAUUGUUGAAAUUUGAGAGAUUUAACUGUUAAUAUGGGGUCAAGCAAGUAGCUACAGCUCUUUUUUUUAAUGUCAAUCAAACAUAGAAUUUGUUUUUAAAUAGAGACAGAAAAGCUCUGUUUAAAUGCCCUUCUUGGGAUGAGAUGAAUGUGAUGCUUUGAAUUAGGUUUUUAAUUUUUUAACAGCAGACAAUCUAGAAUUGACACAUGCAAUAUUGUACUGCUCAUUAGGAUUUUUUUAUGUAAUAUUAUUAACUUGUGUGGGUAGACAUGAAUGUGUCGUGUAGGUUUGAUGUCUCAUGCAAAAUUAAUUAAUAAAACAGACAACAUAACAUCUAGAUUAUUUUGCAACAUUUGUGUUGCUUGAUGAGGAGGAAAAUCUGUCUGUCUAUCCCUUCAUCCAUCCAUUAAUUAUCAGAAUAAAUUAUAACAUCACAAUAGCACA